AUGGGCUCAAAAUCUACAAAGGAGGAAAUGAAGACUGAAUCAGGACCUUUGAGGAAUUCACCAAAUGAACAGAAAAAAAACAGCGAUUCUCAAAAUCUGAGCUAUAAUUUGGUAACUGAACAGCAGCGAAGGGAUUCUGCACAUCCAAGCAGUGCGACAACUCAACAAAAGACAGGGUAUUAUGAGAAAUUAAGCAAUUUAGCACCUAAAUCCAAUAAUCUGAGUUGCAAUUCGGUAGCUGAACAGUUAGGUCAACAGCAGAGCGCCAAUUUGAAAAGUGUGCAGAGAAGUGAUACUGGACAACUGAGCAACAAUGCAGCAACUGUAAAGACAAGUGAUACUGGACAACUGAGCAACAAUGCAGCAACUGUAAAGAGAACUGAUACUGGACAACUGAGCAACAAUGCAGCAACUGUAAAGAGAACUGAUACUGGACAACUGAGCAACAAUGCAGCAACUGUAAAGAGAACUGAUACUGGACAACUGAGCAACAAUCCAGCAACUGUAGAGGCAAGUGACACCGAACAACCAAGAAACAAUCCAGGAACUGUAAAGAGAAGGGUUACCCGACAACCAAGAAUCAAUCCAGGAACUGUAAAGAGAAGUGUUACCCAACAACCAAGAAUCAAUCCAGCAACUGUAAAGAGAAGUGUUACCCAACAACCAAGAAUCAAUCCAGCAACUGUAAAGAGAAGUGUUACCCAACAACCAAGAAUCAAUCCAGCAACUGUAAAGAGAAGUGUUACCCAACAACCAAGAAUCAAUCCAGCAACUGUAAAGAGAAGUGUUACCGGACAACCAAACAUUGAACCACCGGCAGAGAAGUUUUAUGACUUCCAGGACUUCACACUUCAUUUUGUCGAUGGAGAUGAUGAUAUGGAUUUUGAGUGCAAUGAAUUUAAGUCUCUCAGAGCCAAGAUGUCCUGCGGUCACACUGUCACUCCAAUGUCUCUCACCAUCUGGUGUCGCCAUCAGCUGGACAAGGGUAAGGGUAGAUUUGUGUGUGGUCACUGUAAAGCUGAGUGGCCGUAUGAGGAGGUCCGUAAAAUGGCUCUUCUGACCCCUGAAGAGAUGGAGUACUUUGAAAAGAAAAUGUAUGAUUACGCUGCCAAGAAUUACUUGGAUGUCAAAUCAUGUCCUGGCUGCAAGUCUGCUGUGGUGAGAACUGACCUGAAUAAUCUACAGGUCUACUGCAUAUCGUGCACGGCCAGACAAAAUAAGGCCUUUACAUUCUGCUGGCAGUGUUUGAAUGAAUGGAAAGGUCCAGCACCACGUUCUGGUCACUGUGAAAAUGAUGAGUGUCACAGCCCACUGGAAAUACUGAGAACCUGCCCUGAAAUCAGAUUCAAAGUUGUGAAGGGGGUCACUGGCUGUCCCUCCACCCGAGCCUGUCCCACCUGUGGUUUGCUGGUGGAGCAUGACGGAACCAGAUGUAAACACAUCACAUGUUCUCGAUGUAAGGUGAAGUUCUGUUUAGUGUGUCUGAAGCUCACUGUAGAGUGUGAGAAGGUGGGCAAUAACUCAUUAAUUAAAGUUUGCUCCACUGGUGUAGCACCAAGACAGACCUCCAUACCUGUAUGGAACAGGAAGUAGGCUGUGUGCAAUAACUUCUGUUGAUUUAAAAAGAAAAAAAAAAUAUUUACUGUGAUUUGAAUUUAUUUUAUAAACCCUUUAUAGUGACUGUUUGGUUGUGAGCUUGAUAAAAGAUUUAGCCUCUGUAAGCACAUUUGGCCAUAUUUCUUCCUAAAUUAUUUAUAAUACCUAUACUACGACUAUUACUAAUCCUUUUUUUUUUAAAUGUACAGACCACUUCAGUAAUGAUUAAACAGUAGAUAGUGGAGCAGAUAAACUUAACAUGAAACUUUCUGGGUGAACUGUCUUUGUCUUGUAACAAUAAAUCAGUAUACAACAAUGAUUCUCAGCUCGAUAACAAUUUUGAACCUAAAAGAUAAUUUCUCUGUACAAAUGUAAAAAUGUGCACAAAUAUACAUUAAUUUUACUAUUUCCAGUGCAAUUGUUAACAGAUCGUUUAACAUCUAUAAUGUAAAUGUAUAUAAUGUUUUCUGUGUCACAGUCAAUAUAUACUAUCACAAUUAAUUCUGUUAAUGUUUUAUUUACUGUUUGUUUUGCCAUGUUUUUCCUCAUUAUGCUAUUGUAUCAUCAUUUAUUAUCAGUAUGUGUAGGGCAGGAAGCAAGUC